UGGCCUGGCAAGUGCACACCUGUCCUUUGCAAACUCUUUCUUUCCUUGUUAGAUUUCUCCCCCCGGGUGUUUGUACACUGGCUUUUUGUUUUUAAUUUGCCUUUAAAAAGGAGAGAGAAGUUUUCAGCAGAGAAGGAGGUAAAAGAUGUCGGAGACAUGACUCGCUGGUGGCUGAACAAUGGAACUGAACAGGGAGAAACCUCUUCUCCAUGGAACUCACAAGCCACCCUGUGAGAAUUAAAGAGCCGGGACUGAGCAGAGAUGAGAAAGGAAGAAGGGAAGAGAAGGCGGAAGAAGAAAGAAGACAAGAAACGAGUGGUGGUCUCCAGCCUGCCCUUUGAAGGAGGGUCCCGCAAAGAGAACCCCAACAGGCACUACUGCGGGAACCAGGUUAAGACCAGCAAGUACACCGUGCUGUCCUUCGUGCCCAAGAACAUCUUCGAGCAGCUACAUCGGUUUGCCAACAUCUAUUUUGUGGGCAUCGCGGUUCUGAAUUUCGUCCCCGUGGUCAAUGCCUUCCAGCCCGAGGUGAACCUGAUACCGAUCUGUAUCAUCCUGGGGGUCACCGCCAUCAAGGAUGCCUGGGAAGACCUCCGGAGGUACAAAUCCGAUAAGGUGAUCAAUAACAGAGAGUGCCUCGUCUAUAGCAGGAAAGAACAGCGCUACGUGCAGAAACACUGGGAGGAUGUGCGCGUGGGGGACUUCAUCCAGAUGCACUGCAAUGAGAUCAUCCCGGCCGACAUACUGCUCCUCUUUUCCUCGGACCCCAGCGGCAUCUGCCACCUGGAAACCGCCAACCUGGAUGGAGAGACGAACCUCAAACAGAGGCGUGUGGUGAAGGGCUUCUCCCAGCAGGGGGCACAGUUCGAACCAGAACGUUUCCACAGCACCGUCGUGUGUGAGAAACCCAACAACCACCUCAGCAAAUUCAAGGGUUAUAUGGAGCACCCUGACCAGACCAGGACCGGCUUUGGCAGUGAGAGUCUCCUGCUUCGAGGCUGCACCAUCCGAAACACCGAGGCGGCUGCUGGCAUCGUCAUCUAUGCAGGCCACGAGACGAAAGCCAUGCUGAACAACAGCGGCCCGCGGUACAAACGCAGCAAGAUCGAGCGCCGCAUGAACACCGACAUCUUCUUCUGCAUCGGGCUCCUCUUCCUCAUGUGCCUUAUCGGAGCGAUAGGCCACGGCCUGUGGAACAGGACCUUCAGAGAGCACCCUCCCUUCGACGUGCCAGAUGCCAAGGGCAGCUUCCCACCCCUCGCCCUGGAGGGCUUCUACAUGUUCCUCACGAUGAUCAUCCUGCUCCAGGUGCUGAUCCCGAUCUCACUGUACGUGUCCAUCGAGCUGGUGAAGCUCGGGCAAGUCUUCUUCCUGCACAACGACCUCGACCUGUACGACGAAGAGACCGACUCGCCCAUUCAGUGCCGGGCCCUCAACAUCACGGAGGACCUGGGCCAGAUCCAGUACGUCUUCUCGGACAAGACGGGGACGCUGACGGAGAACAAGAUGGUGUUCCGGCGCUGCACCAUCGUGGGCAGCGAGUAUUCUCACCAGGAAAACGCCAAGCGACUGGAGAUCCCAAAGGAGCUGGACUCGGACAGUGAAGAGUGGACCCAAUACCAGUGCCUGUCCUUCCCCUCCAGAAGGGCCCAAGGUCCAACAGCCACGAGGAGCCAAGGAGGGGGCCAGCCUCUGAGGAGGAGCCAGAGCGCCCAGGUGCCCAUGCAGGGCCACUCCCGACAAAGGUCGGUGGGGCGCUGGGAAAAUGCACAGUCCCCGGUGGCCUUCAGCAGCUCCAUAGAAAAAGAUGUGACUCCAGAUAAAAACCUACUGACCAAGGUGCAAGAGGCUGCCCUGUGGCUGGGGACCUUGCCAGACUCCAGACCCGCCAGGCCUGCCCUCUCCACCACCUCCUCCAUCGCUGACUUCUUCCUCGCCCUAACCAUCUGCAACUCCGUCAUGGUCUCCACAACCACCGAGCCCAGGCAGAGGGUCACCAUGCCCCCCUCCACCAAGGCUCCGGGGACGUCCCUGGAGAAGAUCCAGCAGCUCUUCCAGAAGUUGAAGCUUUUGAGCCUCAGCCAGUCUUUCUCAUCCACUGCGCCCUCUGGCGCCGACCUGGGGGAGAGAUUGGGGGCCAACGUGCCCACUACGGACUCCGAUGAAAAAGAGGACGAUGCCUCUGUGUGCAGCGGAGGCUACUCCACUGAUGGCAGCUGCAGGAGCAGCACGUGGGACCAAGGUGACAUGCUGGUGUCUGGGUCGGGCGCCUCCUUGGAGGCGGCUCUGGAGGACCCGGCCCUAGGCCUGGCCGGCUCCGAACUGUGUUACGAGGCCGAGAGCCCUGAUGAGGCCGCCCUGGUGCACGCCGCCAAUGCCUACAGCUUCACGCUCAUGUCCCGGACACCCGAGCAGGUGACCGUGCGCUUGCCCCAGGGCACCUGUCUCACUUUCAGUGUCCUCUGCACCCUGGGCUUUGACUCUGUCAGGAAGAGAAUGUCUGUGGUGGUGAAGCACCCGCUGACAGGUGAGAUCAUCGUCUACACCAAGGGCGCCGACUCGGUGAUCAUGGACCUGCUGGAAGACCCUGCCCGCGUGACUGACGCUGAUGUGGAAAAGAAGGUGAGGAGAAUCCGAGCCCGGACCCAGAAGCACCUAGACUUGUACGCAAGAGAUGGCCUCCGAACUCUGUGCAUCGCCAAGAAGGUCAUAAGCGAGGAGGACUUCCGGCGGUGGGCCAGUUUCCGGCACGAGGCUGAGGCGGCCCUUGAAAACCGAGAGGAGCUUCUGAUGGAGACCGCGCAGCAUCUGGAGAAUCAGCUCACCUUACUCGGAGCCACUGGGAUCGAAGACCGGCUGCAGGAGGGAGUGCCCGACACGGUGGCCGCUCUGCGGGAAGCCGGGAUCCAGCUCUGGGUCUUGACUGGAGAUAAGCAGGAGACAGCGGUCAACAUCGCCCACUCCUGCAGACUGUUGGAUCAGACCGACACCGUGUACUCCAUCAACACCGAAAACCAGGAGACCUGUGAAUCCAUCCUCGACUGCGCGCUGGAAGAGGUAAAGCAAUUUCAUGGACCACAGAAGCCAGACCGCAAGCUCUUCGGGUGGUGCCUGCCUUCUGAGACACCCGCCCCCACCUCGGGAGCGGCCGUUCCGAAGGUUGGACUGGUCAUCGAUGGGAAAACGCUGAACACCAUCUUCCAGGGGAAGCUGGAGAAGAAGUUUCUGGAGCUGACCCAGCACUGCCGGUCCGUCCUGUGCUGCCGCUCCACCCCGCUGCAGAAGAGCGUGAUCGUCAAGCUGGUGCGAGACAAGCUGGGCGUCAUGACACUUUCCAUAGGUGACGGAGCAAACGACGUCAGCAUGAUUCAGGCUGCAGAUAUCGGGAUCGGAAUAUCUGGACAGGAAGGCAUGCAGGCUGUCAUGUCCAGCGACUUCGCCAUCUCCCGCUUCAGCCACCUCAAGAAGCUGCUGCUCGUGCACGGCCACUGGUGCUACUCGCGGCUGGCCAGGAUGGUGGUGUACUACUUCUACAAGAACGUGUGCUACGUCAACCUGCUCUUCUGGUACCAGUUCCUCUGCGGUUUCUCGGGCUCCACCAUGAUCGACUACUGGCAGAUGAUCUUCUUCAAUCUCUUCUUCACCUCGCUGCCUCCGCUCGUCUUCGGGAUCCUCGACAAAGACGUCUCUGCGGAAACGCUCCUGGCGCUGCCCGAGCUGUACAAGAGCGGCCAGGACUCCGAGUGCUAUAACCUGCGGACCUUCUGGAUCUCCAUGAUGGAUGCGUUCUACCAGAGCCUCGUCUGCUUCUUCGUCCCUUAUCUGACCUACAGGGACUCCGACAUCGACGUCUUCACCUUUGGGACCCCCAUCAACACCAUCUCCCUCGCCACCAUCCUCCUGCACCAGGCGAUGGAAAUGAAGACUUGGACCGUCAUCCACGCGCUGGUGCUCGCCGGCAGCUUCCUGAUGUACUUUGCGGUGACCCUAGUGUACAACGCCACCUGCGUCACCUGCAACAGUCCCACCAACCCCUACGGCGUGAUGGAAGGCCAGCUCUCGGACCCCACGUUCUACCUCGUCAGCUUCCUCACACCGGCCGUGGCUCUUCUCCCAAGGUACUUUUUCUUAUCGCUACAAGGGACAUAUGGGAAGUCCCUGAUCACCAAAGCUCAGAAAAUUGACAAACUCCCAGCAGACAAAAGAGACCUGGAAAUCCAGAGCUGGAGAAGCAGACACAUGCCUGCCCCUGUCCCCAGAGACCCUCAGCCCACCCACCGUCCGGUGCCACCUGUCCCUGAACGGGACUUCAGGACCAGCACCCCAAAGAGCUCCGGCCCCCCCAAGCAGAAGUGCAAAGAGAGCCGGGGGGUGCACGGAGAGAGAAGCAGCAGAGAGCACACAAGGGAUAACCCGUGCUCAGCGGACCCCUCAGUGAAUCUCUCCUCCAGAGAGCACCUCCUCCUGAGCAGCAUGAUGGCCCCCGGGCCCCCCGAGAGUGGACAGACCGGUGCAUACCAGCGCUCGAGCAGGGGCCGCCAUCGCCGAUCCCAGAGCUCGAUGACCAUAUGAGGGGCCUGCAGAAACCCUCGCAUGCUCAGAGGAGGCCGCCCUGGCACUGGUCCCGUGGACCCAAGACUCCUCCUCUUCGCAAAGGACAGAAGGAGCCCGUCCUACUCUUUCGUCCCGACCAGUCUUGACUUCCUUGGAGAAAGUGCUGGUCCCAAGGGGUUUAACAACAACAACAACAAAAAAAAGACUGGAAACCAGUCGACCUCUAGUUUUCUCCUGCUGCCAGGCAGCACGUCUUGCAAACAGAGUUUUCUCAAGAGGCUCCGUGUCUGUGGCCCUGAGUUCCCAAAUGUUUUAGCUCAGAGACGGCCUUCUGCUCUGCUAGAAAAGUACAGCCUAACAGGCCCAAUGUGUAAGUUUCCAAGAUUCCAAGAAAUAUAUCCACCCAGGCCAUCUCUCAGGCUAUGGAAGUUUCUGGGCUUGUCAAACCGUCACCUCACCCCGUGGGCGCCAGAGUUUCAAUUUCAGAAGAGACCCACACACGCUGGGGUUUCGUCUUGUCGGUGCUGCAGAGAUGGCUGUGUCGGGGUUAACACCUCUUCCGACCACAAAGCGUUGGGUCGCUUUUUGUCUCUAAGCCAAAGCAAACCACAUCUGAAGAUUAAAACUAGACCUGAACUCAGUGCCACAGACACGUCGGGGGGCUGUAGGGCCCCAGCCAGUGGUGUAAGAGGCAGAAAGAACCUCUGUUCUUUCUUGGUGUGCGGAUCCGCACACUAAGGGAAAUGCGCGUCCCAGGACCCAGGCUUCAGCUGACAGACCCUAUGUCCCACAGCCUCGGGAAUCUACUGAGAGGGCAGCACUUUUUGUAAAGCUAUUUAUUGUAUUUAUUUUUAAAGAAAAGGACUCCUGCUCAUCCAGCUCUCGGAACAGGAAAACGCUAAGGCCAGUAGAUCUUAGCACACCUGCACCCAGAAUAGACCCACAGGAUAGGAGCCACUCGGAGCCCAAACAAUGAUAUCUGUAAGGGCAGGGUCAAUGUCAAACCCUAUUCCUUAAGCCCAGCCCAGAGACACACCAUCGGGAGGACACGGGCACAUGCUUCCAUUCAGCUGGGGAGACUCACAGGGAGUCUCAUUCCCAGGGAAAAGGAGGACUUCAUAGGCUUCUUAACCCUAGAGGUAGUAAAUUCCAAAAACGUAGCCACUCAAAACAGUGUUGAAAUAAAAGAACGGAAGGUAGAAUUCUAGCAAGCUCUCCAGAGAAGCCAGGUCUUCGAUGGGCAAGGAGAGCCUGUCCCCAGUCUUUCAAGGCAAGUCAGGGAGGGCUCCUAAACCCUUUCUCCUUCAGGUGGUGCCUCUACGUUAGGCAAAAUUCCUUUGGGUUAGGAAUGAACAGGAUGAGCCUUUGAGCCCAAGAGUCAUAGCCACCUGGCUUGAGUAACUUCUCGGCAACGAUGCCCAAAAAGAUCUCCACAACCAACCUGGCAAACGGCCGACUGAGCUGGUCCUCCGACCACCUGCAGACAAACCUGAACUGGAGCAGCUGUUUGGAGCGCCAUCCUGGAGCCAAAACGCUGGAUCUCUUUCACUGACUGCCACACAAUGACACCAGCAGCACUGGCCAGCUGGUGGGUAUUCAGGGGAGUCCUGUGAUACAAUGACAUGCAUUGUCCCGAAUGAGGGGAUUGAGCCAAAACUUGGAUCUCAGGGUCCCUUACUCCAUGCGAUUCCU